AUGAGGACUCUUCGCAGGUCGAAAUUCAUGAGUUCGCCCAGCCUCAGUGACUUGGGCAAGAAAGAACAGGCAGCUUUGGAUGAGAGAGGGACGCAGCAGAAGAGAGCCGGAUCCAACGCCACCUGGAACAGCAUCCACAAUGGAGUGAUAUCCGUGUUUCAGAAGAAAGGCCUUCAGGAUCAUGAACUCUACAACCUCAAUGAAGGUGUCCGGCAGCUUCUGAAAACUGAACUAGGCUCUUUCUUCACUGAAUACCUUCAGAACCAACUUCUCACUAAGGGAAUGGUGAUUCUUCGAGACAAGAUUCGCUUUUAUGAAGAGCUUCAGAAGGAUGAGGAAGAACAGACCUACCUGGGUGGAGUCACAGUGAUGGAUGGCGGAAUCGGAGAAGUUAAUGAUGUCAGUUUAAAUCACCCAUACUAUGACAUUGCUCGCCAUGGCAUUAUUCACGUACCCGGUGAUGAUAACUCGGGUCGGACAGUAAUUACAUUCAGCUGUUGUCGCUUGCCGCCGUGCCAUGAGAUUGAUCACGUCCGUCUUCUAGAAUACCUGAAAUUUACAUUAGAUCAGUAUGUGGAGAAUGACUACACGGUUGUCUAUUUUCAUUAUGGCCUGAACAGUCGCAAUAAACCCUCUCUCAGCUGGCUGCAGAGUGCCUACAAGGCAUUUGACAGGAAGUACAAAAAGAAUCUAAAGGCGCUUUAUGUGGUGCAUCCAACUAACUUCAUCAAAGUCCUGUGGAAAAUAUUCAAGCCGGUGAUAAGUCACAAGUUUGGCAAGAAAAUUUCCUACAUGAACCACCUAAGUGACCUUCAAGAGCAUCUCCGGUUUAACCGUCUCAUCAUUCCACAGGAAGUGUUACAACAUGAUGAAAAGCUCCGCCUCCAGCAGAAAGGAAAAGCCGCAGCUGCUACUAGAGCACCUCCGCCACGACCGCCACUCCCUGCGCAGCAGUUUGGUGUCAGUCUGGAAUACCUAAAGAACAAAAACAAAGGAGAGCUGAUCCCUCCGGUUAUGGAACAGACAAUUGCCUACCUGAAAGCGAAAGGUCUGCGCACAGAAGGUCUCUUUCGAAGAUCAGUCGCCGUUCACAUCAUCAAAGACAUCCAGAAGCUGUAUAAUCUUGGGAAGGCGGUGAAUUUUGAUGAGUACAACAAUCCGCACAUACCUGCCGGAAUCCUGAAGACCUUCCUGCGUGAACUGCCGGAACCUCUGCUGACCUUCAACUCUUACUGGCGCAUCCUGGGGAUCACCGGUGUGGAGAGCAUCCUACGUUUUAACAGCUGUAAAGAGAUUGUGCACAGACUCCCUGAUCAUAACUACGCCGUACUCAAAUAUCUCAUCUGUUUCCUGAACACGGUAUCUCAGGAGAACAUCAGCAACAAGAUGACCGCCUCAAACCUGGGCUGUGUGUUUGGACUGAAUCUGGCCUGGCCGCAGGAAGGAGUCCCAUCCAUCAAUGCUCUGGUCCCAGUAAACAUGUUUACAGAAUUGUUAAUUGAAUACUACCCACAAAUCUUCAGCUCCAGGACUGUCCCGGGCGAGAAACUCCCAUAGUCACCAAGGACUACAGUAUGUCAUGGACCUUUCACAGAAACAAGAUGAUGAACAGCAUAAAUUGCA